AUGGAAAUCCUAAAAGGUGUACUGAACCCUCGAGAGGCUGGCCACUAUAUAACUGAUAACAGCAGUGAUGUUUUCAUUGAAGACAAGGGAGUUAAAUAUUUGGCUAACAUGCUUCAUGACAGAGUAAAAAAAGGAGAUUUUGAUGUUACCAUGUGGCGUGGCCACGAACUGAAUCCACAAACAAUGGAUGAGGAUGCCAUUAACUGGGUAUUUGUAUCUGCUGUCUUGAACUUUUCAUUCUGGUCAGAAAAAGAGACGGAGAAGUACAUAGUAAAAUACAAAGAAAAAGAAUACACUGGUUACUGGGCAUUAUGUGCUGCUAUCAACAGAGCCUUAACUGAAGGCUAUGAGUUUACAAAUCCAUCAUUUUAUGCUUCUGUGGAUUCUGAUACGCUGAAGAAAAUCUUCCGCUCUGAAUCUGCUUAUGAUAUUCCCAUGCUAAGUGAGAGAGAACAAGUGCUUCACGAGGCAGGAAAAGUUUUGCUGGAGAAAUUCCAAGGCAGAUUUGUCAAUGUGAUCAAGCAAGCUGAUAAAAGUGCUCAACAUUUACUCAAGCUGGUGGUACAGUACUUUUCCAGCUUUCAAGAUGUUGCAGAGUUCAAGGGAAAGAAAGUGGGUAUAUAUAAGAGAGCACAGAUUUUAAUUGGAGACAUUUGGGGAUGCUGUGAAGGAAAAGGCUUGGGAGAAUUUCAUGAUUUUGACACUAUCACAAUGUUUGCAGACUACCGAAUCCCACAAGCCUUGGUUUAUUUUGGAGUUCUCAGAUAUUCAGAACAGCUCAUGAAUAAACUGAAGCAAGGGUAUUUAUUUACAAGUGGUGAGCAGCUAGAAGUUGAGAUACGAGGUGUUAGUCUCUGGGCCUGUGAGCUUGUACGGGAUCACAUUCUCAACUUGCAUGAAAUAGAUUCUCACCAGAGAGAAGGCAAAACAAACAUUUGUGCCAUUUUGGUGGACCACUAUCUUUGGGACACCAGAAGAGAAAUAGCCGACAAAAUGGAUGACAUUCCCUUUCAUCGCUGUCGAGGCAUAUAUUACUAA